AGUUUGAGGCAGUUGCUACUUUCCGGAAUCUUAAUCCUAAAAAAACAGAAGUCCUUAAAUUCGACCAAGAGCAUUCUAUCGCAGAUAUUAUGACACUUAAACGUUUUUACAUGUGGAAUGAUUAUUGUAAAGAUAUGAGUAUCAAGGAUUGGAAUAAUAUUUACAAUAGAAAAUUUAUUGAAAAUUUUAGUUUGCCUGAAGCUCAGAAGCAUUUCUUACGAUUGUCUUAUUUUCAAAGGCAAGGUUAUGAUGAGAAGAGUGUAAUGAAGGAAUUGAAAGCUGAAGAAAAUAUACAAUGGGAAAUUUCCUGCUAUAGAGCUGAAGAGAAUCUGGAAAAAUCAGUAGCAGAAGACUUACGUAAAUCUUAUUCAGCAAAGUAUUGGAAAGUUAUACAAGAAUUUUUCAAAUCCUAG